AUGACCGGGAAUUGCGAUUCUCCCAAUUCAGUUUCAUCCGACGUCUUUCAGGAGCUCAACCCCAAAGCACCACCAGCUCCACUUGACUUGCUGUCAACCGCCUCAUCCAUUUUUCAACAACGAUCAGAGAGAUUUCAGCGAGAAGUCCUUGCUCGUAAAGACGCAGAGAUCGAGGCCGGGUUCGUAGCUACUCGAGAAGCUCGGAUCAAGGAGAAGAUCGAAGCAGUGAAGGAGGAAGACGAGGUUUGGGACGAGGAAGAGACAUCAGAAGACGAGUGGUACGAAGAUGAGUACGAGGAUGAAAUUCCUUCCGGGGAAGAUGUCGAGGCUUUCAUCAACGCCGUGAUUGCUAAAGAAGCCACAGGCCCUGUUCUUGACCCUGCAAUAGGAGAGUCAAUAGAGGACCAUAGAAAUCGGAUGAAAACUCUCGAGGACCGCAUUCAGGGAUAUCAACUCUCCAAGUUCGUGCUCGAAGACGUGCGGGGAGAUCCUCCAAGUGUCAAGUCAAAGGGAAACGGUGCUCACGAAACGAUAACUAUUCAGCGGCCUGCGAGCGAUGCAGACGCCAUGGAGAUCAUUGUUUAG